AAACGUUUUGCAAGAAAGUGAAAGAAAAAGACAGUGUCAAGCGUAUGGAGGUCAUGCCUUGCAUUUUUUAUGCAUUUUACAAGUUAUUGAAUCAUAAAACAGCAAAAAUUAAUUAAAACUAAUGUUAUCUGUUAGUGUCAUGAGCGUUUUACUCCAGAAUAUUCUACAGAAACCAUAGGGAUGGCUGAUCAAUUUUGUUUACGUUGGAACAACUUCCAGUCAAACAUAGUGAGUGCCUUGGAUUCAUUGAAGUGUUCAGAAGAUUUGGUCGACGUUACACUCACCUGUGAAGGCAGAAAUAUCAAGGCCCACAAAGUCAUAUUGUCAGCGUGCAGCCCGUACUUCAGGAAUGUGUUCAAGGAAAAUCCAUGCCAGCAUCCAGUGAUCAUACUGAAAGAUGUGUCUGCUGAUGACAUUGUCAGUCUAUUGUCCUAUAUGUACCAAGGAGAAGUGUUCAUAGAAGAGAGUAAACUAUCUUCUUUCCUGCACACAGCAGCGCUUUUACAAGUAAAAGGCUUAACUGGUGUAACACAACAGAAGGAAAACUUUUCGUCUCCGAACACAUCAAAUAAGUUAUACACACAACUAACUAUAUCGUCAAAGCCAUUAUUUGGUGCUGCUCACAAGGAAACAAAACUGCCAGCUUUGAAGAAAAGACGAAGUAGUACUUCAGAUAAACCUACUGACGUUACCAUAGGAGAUGGCCCCAAAAAGAAUAAAGUUAUAGAAACCUUUGAUAUUUAUAGUAGGAGUAACCUCGCACAUGCUACUAAAAUCGACAACCCAGUGUUCUUCCCCGAAAAUAAUAUAGACAAGAAAUGUGAUGGAAAAAUUGAUGCACCAAUAAUAACCGCAAAUGGAAAAAGUUCAUCAUCUCAGAUGGCUCAAGGAGACAACAUUCCGGUAACAAUAAAGACAGAAAGGACAGAUGACAACAACUCACCCACACUCUCAAUAAAUGCCAACUCUGAAAAUGAUGAAAGUCUUCCCGAUUAUGAAAACAGUAUGCUUGCCAGAUCCCUGCUCUCAGGAAUAAAUCCAUCGAAAAGUGAAGCCUGUGCCAAUAACUCAAGUCUAAAGAAAGUGUCAAAUGUAAUGGUAGAUGUGCAUUGUUCAAGUCGGUCAAAAGAUAUUCUUAAUUCAGAUACUGUGACAUUCACCAAUGCCCCAUCUAAAAGUCCUGUGAAGUCUAUGAUUACUGAAGAAUUACAUUUGAAACCAGAAAAACAGUCACCAAAAUCUGAUGUGGAAUAUGAACCAGAAGUAUUAUUGUCAGAACAUCAAGAUGGUACAGACUCGGAUAGCAACUUCACGCAAGAUCAAUCUCAAGCUCUACUCAUGCUAGCUGGAAUGUCCACAGUGCCUGUACUGGGUGGCGGCGCUUCCACAUCGCAAGGACUCGCGCACCAGCAAUCAAACCAUGCUGCUAUAUGUGGUGACUGCCCUCACUGUGGCAUGAAGUAUUCCAACCAGUCAGCCUUAAAAUAUCAUGUCAGAUUAAUGCACUCUGACUUGACCAAUAGACUAUGUUGCUACCUCUGUCCAAGGUCAUUCACAAUGCGUGAGACAUUCAAAGAACAUAUGUGGACAAGUCAUGGUCAAAGGAAUUAAUUUUCAUUUAUUAUCCUGCAAACAUGUGCCUUAGGUUCUUUGUCAAUUGUGUUAGGACAGUGAAUGUAUGAGGUGGUAAGCUAAUGUGCCUUGUUGAACGACAACCAAUGCCUUGCUUAAUAUAUUUUAGGUCAAAUGAAGCAGUGGAAGAGACUGAUAGCUUUUGCUUGAAAAGAUAUAAAAUUUUUAUAAUACUUUAAAGGACGAUUUUGUCCAUUAUUAAUGAGAAUGACCCAGUUCAGUAUUUUGGAGUUUAAAAAUAUCCAGUGUAUCUGUGCUUUCAUGAAAUGUUGCAAAAAUUAAGUAUCAUUUCUAAACCAUAGGAAUAUGUGGUUAUAACUAAAGUGCGUAAUUAAGGUGCAUACAUAUACAAAUUCAAGUGUUGUAUGCGGUUGGCAGACACUUGUUGAAUUCACUGUAGGAAGUGAUAUUAUAGAUAUAAUUGGCUGUAUUUAGUUUAAGGAUACUGUAUUACAAGAAGAAUCAUAGAUAAAAUUGUAAGGCAAUUUUCUCACAUCGGUCAACAGAGGCGGCGAGUAAACGAAUGUUCGAGUAUGUGUAUUAUAGAGUAAAACAUUUUUGAUGCGGAUUUACAAAUAUGUGAGUGUUGAAGGAAUUUCUCAGAUUGUACAAGUUUGAAAUCUGUUGGAAUUGCCAGAGAUCUUAUUGUUAUAUGUAUUUAAAAAAGGUUACUGUUACAAUUACUGUGAACAACAACAAACAUUUAUACAGUCCACUGGCUCGUCGAGGACUGAUCCACAGCCUGAUCCCUCCGAGCCCGUACAAUUACUAAUAGGUGCUUAAAUUGGUUGGAUCUUAUUACGAAUAUCAUUAUUACACUAUAUGGUCCACAAUGCCAAACAAAAUUAAGUUGUUACAAGAAAUGCAAAUAUAUACUACUAUAUUUAAGUUGUCUUUUAUUGUUGAUAAAUGUUUAAUUAAGUUAUUACUUUCGAAUACAGCCACUUUAUGUGGAAUGUCUAUUAUUAAGUUUACAAUAAAUAUAAGAAAUAAGUUAUUAUCUAUUUGAAAUUUUCUUUUUGGUAUUGUGCCAAAAUGUUUCUUUAAAUAAGUUAUUGAAUUAGUAGAAUGUUACUUGGAAUUUAAGUUACCUGUAAUUCUCUGUCGUUUUCAUUAUUAUUUCAUAGUUUUAAUAUUAGUAGUAAUAAGACGAGUCUUUAUUUCUACCUACUGUUAUCUCAAAUAUUUUUAUAGUACGAAUUGUUAAUUUGAAUUACUCCAGCGAAUGCCAUUAGUGAAAAUUGUUAUUUUGUGAAACACAUUACCUAUAGAUUAGGUUACCGAAUCUAAAUAGCUAUAGUUAAAUUUAUAGUUAGGUUAAAUAAAAUAUUAUAUUUGCGUUAAUAUAAUAUUGUUGAAUAUUUUA